CGAAGCUGAGAUUUUUGAGCAUAAAUAAUAUCGGUUUCUGAUCUCGUACCUGCACCUGGAAGAAGACUUGCUGGCCUAUUGAUCGCCCAAAUCAGAGACCAUGCCCGACCUCAACGAACUCUUGCGGUGGUCAAUUGCCAAUUCGACACCUCCUACAUCUGGAGCCCAAGGCGAUGGAACCACUGGUGCUGAACAACCACCCCUCUCACUCCGAUUCAAUCCAGCAUCUGAAACGCCCUCACCUGGAUCUUCCGCCUUGCAUCCUUCUGAUCCACAGUACGGUACAUCAUCAUACGGUGGUCAGAAUGCAGAAGACCACCCUGCCCAUUCGACAAACACCCCUGCGGCAAACCCUGCACUCAACUCUGAAAUACUCGAGGCUAUCAUGGGGAAAUCAGAUAGCACAGUGAUGAAGGAGAAGAUGGCUUUCGCCCUGGAUGAAAGUAACGAUGUGGAUCAACGUGUAGAGGCAUUGGACGAUUUCGAGAUGCUCAUUGAACACCUCGAUAACGCCAACAAUAUGGCCGUCUUGAAACUCUGGGAACCGAUAUUGUCUCUUUUGUCCUCUCCACACGAGACCAUCGUAGCGCAUGCCUGCUGGAUCAUCGGUACAGCCGUACAGAACAAUAUCAAAGCUCAGUCUGCACUCUACGCUCACAAUGCCUUGUCUCAAAUUUUGACAGUCAUAUCCCCUUCCAGUUCCCAUAGUCCCGCUACUCGAUCCCGCGCGACCUACGCAUUAUCCUCGGCGUUGAAACAUUGGCCAUUGGCUUCCUCAGCACUCUCUGCGUCCUCCAGUAGAGGGUAUCAAACCUUGAAAGAAGGAAUCAGGGAUCCAGAACCCGUCGUCAGGAAGAAGAUGCAGUUCCUCAUAGGGACUCUGGUCAUGCAGUCGGGAGAACAAUACUCUGGAGAAUUGCCAAAGGAAGUAGCAGAAAUCUUGAAAGAGCAAGGCCAAACUACGGAUGGAAACGCUAGAGAGUCGCUCGUUGAGGGUUUAAAGCGAGAAGGCAUAUUCGUCACAGUCUUAGAGGCUUUGAAGUCGCAAAAGGGAGGAGAUGUCGAAUUCGAAGAGAAUGCCAUGCGGGCUCUUGUCAAUGCGACGGAGAAGGGUGGGCUAGAUACGAGUGAGAAGGAGCAAGUCAAGCAAAUUUGGGAAUCUUGGGGCAAAGAUGGUCGUGAAGAGAGAGGAUUAGGAGGCAAUGAGGGGGAUGACAUGGCCAAGAUUCUCGCAUAGAAGAAGCUUAGAUACUGCCAUAACAGAAUAUACAUAUCGCGUAUUAUAAUGUAAAACGAUUAGCAGACGGAG